AUGUUGCAAGAUGCACAUUAUAUCAGCACCUUUCUUCAUUUAUCCAUGAAAAGUUUUUGUAAUAAUACUGGUUUUCAAGAAAAAGCUCUUAAGUUAGUUAAAACGGAAAUUAUUAAACGGCAACCAACAAUACUAUCCAUUACAUGUGCAACUACUACUCCAUCAUCAGUUCAUACAAAUUCACUUGAUUCUCAAUCGGCAACAUCAAAAGGUCUUCUUUCAUACUGUUUUGAUAUACCACAAAAUUUCUUAACAUAG